AAAUUAAUGACAAUGACAUACAAAUAUUGCACAUCUGCGAACUAAAUUUCGUAUCUCAGUAUUUUUCUUUAAAAAUCCUUAUGUAUACGAAUAUUCUUAACAUAAAUUUAAGCUCUCCAAACCAUAAUAAAGUUACCACAUCAUGCGAAUGCUUGUGUUAUCUAUAAAUUACAUAGUUUAAUGUCGAGAAUGAAGAAAUUAACGGGUUCAUUCCGCUACACGCAAUGGGAUCCGUGCCUCAUCGUGUCCCAGAUAGUGGCCAUGCAGUCCGUGCUGUACCUGACCCUGAGUCUGCUCAUGGCUAUCAUGCAGGAUCUGACUGGAUCGACGAGAACUUUAGAUCAUAUCUUCGAAUAUCAUGAGCUACAUGUCCGAGACAGCGAAGGCCGCUCGGUGAUCGUAGCAUUUGUAAUAAAUGCCAUAUUUGGUGCGAUUGCACUAUGGCUCCUCGUCGGGAGGACUAAGCUGUGCUUAGACUUCAGCUGCACCUACCACUUCAUCCACCUUUUCAUCUGCUGGUGCUACAACGGAACGUUCCCGGUGACCUUCUCCUGGUGGACGCUGAAUGUUGUGUGUGCCGCCAUCUCCUGUGUCACCGGGGAGUUUCUAUGUCUCCGGACAGAGCUGCAGGCCAUACCGCUCAGCAUGGGCGCUAAAGUGGACUUAUGAGUUGUGAAGUUAUUAUAAGUAAUACAAAUGUUAUGUGACGUUUUCAAGUAAAAGGUACCACAUUGUCACUUACCAUAAGGACGAAAUUUGCUAGUAUCUUUAUACAAAUAGCCUGUCAGAGCGUCCUUAUGGCAAGCGACAAAGUGGCACCUUUUGCUUGAAGACGACACAUAUGGUUUUUAAAGGGCAACGCGCGUGUGACACCCAUGAAAGUGUGUUUUUAUAUGGUAGAUACUAAAAUUACAGCUUGAUUUGGCAGUCAAAAUUCGAGUCAUAGUUUUUUUUACCAAUUUUGUACUAUAGCUAUCAUUUUAACAUCCAUAGACUGCGUAAUGAUAAACCAAGUUUUUACUAAGAGGCUAACAGUCAUAACUUUUUAACAAGUGAAAUGUAUAGGCAUAGACAUAUAUAUUACCUCGUAAAGACUGGCCUUACGAGCACUACGAAUGGGGCCUAUACAUUGGAGUCAAAAUCGCAUUUAGUUACCAGCGCGCUCAGUCGUGUGGUGAAUUGCGCAGUGGAAAGG